AUGAGGGAGGAGAUAAAGAAGGGCAACUGCCCUCUGUUGGAGUGCAUUGAGCUCUACCUGGGGAUGGCACAGGAGCUGGGACAUUUUGUCCAGAAGGGUGAUGUAAGAAACAGGAUCCAAAGCUCUACUGACAUCCGAAAGGACAACAUCUGCUGGAUUCCCCUGAUCAACUACAUGGAGGAAUCCCUCCUUCGUUCAUCACAAAGACAGAUGGCCAGUCUGCCAGUUUCACCACUGUCUGACAAACAGGGAAGAUCCCCACAGAGCUCCAUGGACAAUGCCCUCGGGGACACCACCACCAUCUCCUACUCUGGAUGUGCUGCACAGGUCUUUUUCUUUCUCUUCUUCAUCUCAGCAGAGUAUUCCCAUCUCACCAUCACGGCCUAUGACCGCUAUGUUGCCAUCUGCAAGCCCCUGCACUACGGGACCCUGUCAUCUGUGGCUGGGCUACAUGUGGGGCACGGUGUGCUAUUUCUGAAUGUCCUGUGUCAUCCAGCAGGAGGUAGGAUCACAAAUAGAAAGGAGGAUCUGCAGAAAGGUGGUGUGGCCGAAAAGCAUUGGGGUAGUGGCUCUGUGGAAGAAAUGCGAAGGGAUGUCCGAGGGGGCCUGGAGCAAGGAGAGCACUUGAAGAAGGCACUGGGAAACCAUCCAGGAAAGAGAGUGAGGAACGCGCUGGGCUGCAGCACAGGUCAGGAGCAGCUGGAAGACGUAAAGAGCAAGGAAGAGUGCCAGAAGAAAAGGCAGAAUCGGUGUGAUGAGUCUGGGAAAAGCUUUAAGAGGUAUUCUAGCCGUGUUAACCAUGAACGUAUUCGGCCUGGGGAGAGUCUAUGGAAGUGUUGUGAUUGUGCAAAGAGCUUCCGAAGGAGUUCUGACCUCAUUGUCCAUCAGCACAUGCACAGAGGAGGGAACUGCUUUAAGUGCCCAGAGUGUGGGAAGGGCUUCAGUAGGAGUUCCAGCCUCAUCCGCCACCAGCGCAUCCACACAGGAGAGAGACCCUACAAGUGCGCUGAGUGUGGGAAGGGCUUCAAAACGAGUGCCCAUCUCAUCAGCCACCAGCGCAUCCACACAGGAGAGAGAUCCUAUAAGUGUGCUGAGUGUGGGAAGGGCUUCAGGAGACGUUCCCACCUCAUCUGCCACCAGCGCAUCGACACAGGUGAGAGACACUACACAUGCUGUGAUUGUGAGAAGGGCUUUAAAAGCAGUAGAGAGCUCAUUGUCCACCAGUGCGUCCACAAUGGAGAGAUACCCUACAAGUGCCCUGAGUGUGGAAAGGGCUUCAGGAGACGUUCCCAUCUCAUCCACCACCAGCGUAUCCACAAUGGAGAGAGACCCUACAAGUGCCCUGAGUGUGGGAAGAGCUUCAAAACGAGUACCCAUCUCGUCAGCCACCAGUGCAUCCACAUAGGGGAGAGACCCUACAAGUGCCCUGUGUGUGGGAAGGGCUUUAAAAGCAGUACUGAACUCGUCAUCCACCACCGGAUCCACACAGGAGAGAGUCCCUACAAAUGUUCUGUGUGUGGGAAGGGCUUCAGGAGGCGUUCCCACCUCAUCAGUCACCAGCGCAUCCACACAGGUGAGAGACCCUACAAGUGCCCUGAGUGUGGGAAGAGCUUCAAAAGCAGUACUGAACUUGUCUGCCACCAGCACAUCCACACAGGAGAGAGACUCUACAAGUGCCCUGAGUGUGGGAAGGGCUUUAAAAGCAGUAGUGAACUCAUCCACCACCAGCACGUCCACACAGGAGAGAGACCCUGCAAGUGCCCUGAGUGUGGGAAGGGUUUUCGAAGCCGUUCUUCCCUCUACUCCCACAAGCACAUCCACACAGGGGUGUGGAUGUGAGUGAGAGCAGAGAAAUAUCAACUCUGGCCAUGUUCAAGCACCUGACAUUGGUUGUAGGGCAGACCCAAUCCCUCCAAUUCCCUUGCUUAUUCAGGAUGUAUCUGAAGAAAUUCUACUUCCAGUUUCCUCUCUUUUGCUUCCUCUCUUUCUCCACUACCUGUAGAAUGGCUGCUUGGUGGCUUUUGGAGUCAAUGGUGAAUUACCAUGAGCACAGCGGUAAGAGGACGGACGUGCUGUUUCUCCCGAGGAACAAAAUGUGGGUACCCUGACAACCAGCUGCUGCCCCUAGUAACAAAAAGGAUGCUAUGGAGAGGAUAAAAACCCAAAGAGUUCUCAGGAAGAACGGGUACCCCCUCCUCUGAACUGCAGUCGUGUAGGUCAACGAGACGUCCCUGACCGACUUGCUGCCUCCUACGGACCAACAAGACCUCGCUGGAUCCCUGGUGCUGACUAUCCCCGCUCUGUAAACCAUGUGCUAGAAUUUCUCUCUUUACUAUCGCCAGCUUCCCCGUCUCCCCCAUCUCCCUUAGUUGCUUAGAACUUGUAAUAAAUCAGUUGGACAACACUG